CAUCAUUAUCUGUUACUUCUGCAAGACCUGUAAUCAGUGGUGAGGGGGAAAAAUUGUGAAAUGAAGGUGCCUGACAGAAAUGUAUAUAAUCAAGUGUAGAUUUAUUUUUUUGUUUCCAGCAAAAGUUGUUAGUAAUAAGUGUUCAUCAGUGUUAGCACUUAAAUUCUUCAAUGUGGGACCAGUGUAAUAUAUUUCUGUUGAAAAAUGAGUAUGUUAUCUUUAAUAAAAAUAGUAUAUUCCUUUUGUAAUAACUACUGGUUCCAGUCGUGAUAUUUUAUUGACAUGCAUCUAUGCUGAGCAUAUUCUUCCAUAUACAACACUAAUGGAAAGUCAACAAUUCAGGUGCUUGAAGAAUUCUGUUAUUGGCAGCAAUCGUCAGAAAGGUCAUGUGAUCACCCAAGGUGUAGUACCAAGGUUACUCCAGCUUGUUGGGGACAACAUGAUGCCAAUUCAGCUCAAGGCGGAAGCAACAGUUACACUUGGUUCUCUAGCUAAGGGAACAGAGGAUCACAUUAAAGCGUUGGUAGAUAUGGGUGUUGUACCAGUGCUAAUAGCUGGUUUGGGCAGUGAUGAAGUGAAGUUGAUUGAAGCAUGUCUGAGAUGUUUGAGGACCAUCUUUGAGUUCUCAUGUGCACCUGUGGGGCUAAUUUGUCAGGAUGAGAAUCUACCGUUACGGCUGCUGAGUCUCAUCCCACAUUCUGUAUCCAACCAAGUGUGUGUAGCUACUAUUCUUGCCGCAGGAUGCAAGACAGCAGAGAACCAGAACUUACUGUGCAGACAAGAGGCUGUUCCUGCUUUAGCUGCUCUACUGUGCUCUCCCCAUUACAAAGUACAGAUGCCAAGUCUGCGCUGCCUGGCUAACAUGUGCUUCCAGAACCAGAAGGUGUCUGCAAUUGUUGCAACUUCCAGCUUUGGAGGAAAGUCUGUGCCAGACUUACUGGUGGGACUGAUGGCAAGAGACAAGCCUAGCGAGAUGCAGAUGGGAGCAGCGAGGUGUAUCACCUAUAUGCACCGAGCUGGUGCUGUAAGCGCUGAGGAUCCAAAGAUUUUGUAUCGGACACUUCCUUGCUUGGUCCGUCUGUGUAAGAAAGAUCGGCCUUGCGAAGAACGGGUAACUGCAGCAGAGACGUUAGCAUAUCUGACAGAAGUUGACACAGAACUGCAGCGUCUUGCUUCCAUUUCAAAUCAUCUAGUCCCUACUCUUGCUGAGCUGCUUCACUACCAACCCGAGCCAUCACACACGCAGGCUGUGCAACUGACCCCCAGUCAGACGGCACAGCGACUGGAGCAAGAGGUGAAGACUGCCCAGGACAUGAAGCAAGCAGCUUUCAGAGCUUUUGCUUCACUGGGAGCUAAUGAUGAGGAUAUACGAAAGAAAAUCAUUGAAACAGAUAACCUAAUGGACCAUAUCGUAAGUGGACUUCAGGACCCGAGUCAGCGAGUUCGGCUUGCUGCUGUUCGAUGUCUCCAUUCACUCUCUCGAUCUGUUCAGCAACUUCGGACUACCUUUCAGGAUCAUUCGGUGUGGCGACCCUUGAUGCAGCUUCUGCAGGGGGCAUCUGAUGAUAUCCUGACAGUUGCUUCCUCAACUCUAUGCAAUUUGCUUCUUGAAUUCUCCCCUAGCAAAGAACCUAUUCUGGAGUCAGGAGCUGUGGACUUGCUCUGUGGACUUACAAGACGUCAGGAUCCAGCAUUGCGACUUAAUGGGAUAUGGGCACUUAUGAAUAUGGCAUUCCAGGCUGAACAGAAGAUAAAGUCCCAGAUCCUUCAUGCACUAGGCACGGAUCAGAUAUUUAGACUGCUGUCUGAUCCAGAGGUGGGAGUUCUUAUGAAAACACUGGGAUUGCUACGGAACCUGCUGUCAACAAAGCCUCAUAUAGACCAUAUCAUGGGUCUUCAUGGCAAUCAAAUAAUGCAGGCUGUGGUGCUGAUUUUGGAAGGAACCCACAGUGCAGAAGUCAAGGAGCAGGCAUUAUGCAUUUUGGCUAAUAUUGGUGAUGGGGAAUCAGCUAAGGAAUAUAUAAUGGCCAAUGAAGAUGUCCUGAAGAAACUUACUGAUUACAUGAUGCACUCGAACGUGAAGCUGCAGAUAGCGGCCAUCUUCUGCAUAUCCAAUUUGGUAUGGCGAGAAGAAGCAGGAUCAAGUGAACGUCAGGCACGACUGCGAGACCUUGGCGUAUAUAAAUUACUGCAGCAGUUGAUCAUGACAUCUGACACACUUCUCUUUGACAAGGUGAAAACAGCCAUGACCCAGUUUUCUGAUGCAUGAUGGUCAUUGUGGUAACACUGUAUCACCACUGAAGAUGUCCUCUAUGUACUACUACAUAGUACAAGGUCCUGAUACUUGUUAGUUUGUUCUUUUAUUUAGUAUGACAAUUUUGUGUAGUGUGGAACCCCAUUUAAUGUUUCUUGCAUCAGUACUUCUCCUCCCCCUGUUUAACUUUCAGUUUCAUUGAUUCCAAGCCAAUAAUCACAGAGUUAAAUUUGCUCCAUUUUUCCUCCACUUCUCAGUUCAGUGUUCAGAUCCAGCAGUCCACAAAGAACCCUUAUAUGGGGGUUUCAGUGUAAAUGUAACAUGCAGAUAACAUCAAAUAAAUUCUCUGUUGAAUAUA